AUGCGCAUAACUGGGACUCCAGUUGCUCGGUGGACUCAAUUUAGGAUUUCAUCAUGCUCUAGUGUACAAUUAUUACGUGUUAAAGCCUAUCAAUGUCCUGUUCAUCGAACUAUAUGUCACCAUGCGCGUCCAUCAUUGAUUCACUCACGCGUCUCUGCCAAAGUGCCGCAAGUACAAGUUCGAAGAGGCGCCAAAUCCCAGGCCACUGUCAAGCUCAAGGAUCUCCCACAGGGUGUGGUUAAGCUAGAGGCAUAUGAUGAUGGAGUUGACGAUGCUCCUCGGUAUCCAACAGUGGUCCAAGGGCACCGUAACAACGUGCAGAAAUUCAAGAACUGUGUUGUUCUCACACGAGUCGGUGGCUUUUACGAGCUUUACUUUGAGCAAGCUGAGGAAUUCGCGCCAUUACUUAGCUUGAAAUUAGCAUCAAAGAAGACCAGCGCCGGACCAGUUCCCAUGGCUGGUUUUCCCUUUUUCCAACUGGAUCGUUUUCUCAAGAUUCUUGUCCAAGAUCUCAACAAGUAUGUUGCAAUCAGCGAGGAAUUUGCUAUUGGAGCAGAGGAUAAGGCCCGCUCUGGAGGGUUGAUGUUUGAUCGAAGAGUAGCCAGGAUCGUCACACCGGGCACUUUAAUCGAUGAAAAAUUCAUUGAUCCAUCUGAAAACAACUUCCUUUUAGCCAUUUAUCUCGACAUGCCUGCUCUGAAAGCUGAAACAAAAGAAAAUAUUGACCCGCAUUCGUCACAGCAUGUGUUGUCCUCGGUACCUCAGCGUGAGACUUUUUUUACCCAAUUGACAACGGCCCGGAUGCUGCCAUCUGCGAUUGCUCGGAUUGGAGCGCGUGAAAUUCUGGUAGAUCAGAAUGUCCAAGAUAUCAUUGGACAAGAAUUGCAGCAGCUCGUGGGACAUGAACAUCGUCUUGUCACAUUCUUUCGAUAUCCAGAUGUAUUCUCACCAAUGUCAGAAUGGGAUUCUAUGCUCGAAGCCCCGAUUCCAGAAGAUACACAUGCGUCUUUCACAGCGGAGGAAGUAGCUGCUGGCUACAGCCUACUUGAGUAUAUUCGAGUACAACUGCAAGGCUCUAACCUCAAACUCCAGCCUCCCCGUCGGAGACAUUUAGAGGAAUCAAUGAGCAUCGACCGUAAUAGUCUUAGAGGGCUCGAAAUUUUGGAGACCUCGCGGGAUGGAUUCGGGAAGGGAAGCCUGCUUCAUGCGGUCCGUAGGACUUCUACAAAAAGUGGUGCUCGCCUUCUACGAGAUCGACUCACUUCCCCCUCCACUUCACUCCUGGCUAUCAAUGAACGACUUGAUCUAGUUUCAAUCUUCAUUGAGAAUGAGAAUCUUCGCGAUAAUGUCGUUCAAUUAUUAAAACGCAGCUAUGAUUCCCAACGGCUAGUGCAGAAGUUUGCUAUGGGAAAGGGAGAUCCAGACGAUUUGAUCUGCCUCUCGAGGGCCAUUGAGGCUUCCCAGGGGGUGAAGCAGGUUCUUUCUGACCAUGAACGGCUAUUCACGUCUGGUCUCCCAUCUGGUGCUAGAGGUAGUCUCCUUUCUAUGAUUUCACGGCUCUAUCUUGAAGGGCCCGUUGCGCUCGCCAACAAAAUAUCUUCUGCCAUCGACGAAGAAGGUGUCCUGCGGCAACAACGGAUUCAGGAUAGCACUGCUGCUGAAGCUGUCAGCUUAGCGCAGGAGGUUGCUAUAAAUGAAGGCACAUCGAGUGAAUUGGAGUCAUUGCCCAAGAAAGUAAGAACCAAGGCUAGUGAGAAAGCUGCGGUAGACCCUGAAGCUGGAGAAUUUGAGACAUGGAUUAUGAGACGCAACGCCAGUGAGAAUCUAAACGCUCUACAUACUGAGUUGGAGGAUCUGUUCAACGAGAAAAUUACGCUAAUUAAGAAGCUCCGUGAUUACGUUGGCUCGUCAGCCCUAAAUUUGAAAUGGACUCCAGGUCUGGGUCACAUCUGCCAUGUCAAAGGUCCCAAAAUUUCCCAACAGUCUCUUGAGGAAUUAGGAGUCACACGGAAUGUCUCUUCGACCAAAUCUACACGCUCGUUCUAUCUUCCGGCAUGGACAGAACUAGGAAAUAAGAUGGAUCGUGUCAAGAUACAAAUUCGACAAGAAGAGCAAGCAAUCUUCGAACAUCUCCGCCGCGAAGUGAUACUGAAUUUGGUGAAAAUCCGCCGCAACGCAGCAGUGAUGGACGAACUGGAUGUGGCCUGUUCCUUUGCCACGCUCGCUCAAGAACAAAAAAUGGUUCGACCUAUCCUUAACGAAGGAACGAAGCAUAAAAUCGCAGGUGGGAGGCACGCAACCGUAAAGCUUGGGCUUGAAGAGCAGGGAAGAUCAUUCGUGAGCAACGACUGCUUUCUUGGUGAUCAAGAACGGAUCUGGCUUAUCACUGGGCCGAAUAUGGCUGGAAAAAGUACAUUCUUGCGCCAAAAUGCUCUUAUCACCAUCCUCGCACAGGUCGGGUCAUAUGUGCCAGCAGCUUACGCCGAGAUCGGACUUGUGGAUCAGAUAUUCAGUCGUAUUGGAGCGGCAGAUGAUCUGUUCCGUGAUCAAUCUACUUUCAUGGUGGAGAUGCUUGAGACCGCUGCUAUUCUUAAGCAGGCUACCCCAAGAUCCUUCGUGAUUAUGGAUGAAGUUGGCCGUGGAACAACGCCCGAAGACGGAACCGCUGUCAGUUUUGCUUGUCUGCACCACUUGCAUUAUCAUAACCAGUGCCGCACUCUUUUUGCUACCCAUUUCCACGGUCUUGCCGACAUGACGCAGAAGUUUGAACAUUUGGAAAGAUACUGCACUGACGUCAAAGCGACAGGCCGGGGGUCUUUUUCUUUCGUGCACCGUCUUCGAAAAGGUGUCAAUCGUGAAUCACACGCAUUGAAGGUUGCUCAGCUAGCUGGUCUUCCUCGAGAAACAAUCGAACUGGCUACAAGUGUGCGAGAUAAGCUGAGGAACAAGAAACACUCUUCAAUAGCUAGUGAUGGUCUCUCGGACUCUCAUUGA